AGUUCGGGUCUAUGCAAACAAAUAUGGAGGUUUUCAUGCUGUGAAAUAGUGAUUGCAUUUGUUGACUGAAAACAAAAACAACGUCAAUAUAUGUUGUUUUUGAACGAUGACAAUUAAAUUAACAUGCUGGCACAUGUUGGGAUUUUGUUUUUCCUAACCCUUUUGUGUGUUGGGGCUGGUGGAAAUGUCAGUCAGCCCAACCCACUGACAGUUCAAGAUUCCAUCAUCUUUGUGUCUACCCUGAGUGGAACGUUCUAUGCUGUCAGCAAGAAUACUGGGAACACGCUGUGGUCUCUGCAGGAAGAUCCAGUGAUAAAAGUUCCCUUUGAUUUUGCUUCUGGGCCAAGUUUCCUGCCUGACCCUAAAGAUGGGAGUCUGUAUGCAAUCAGCUCUGGCAGGGAGGGCAUUAAGAAACUGCCAUUUACCAUUCCCGAACUUGUCACAGCAUCUCCUUGUAAAAGCACAGAAGGCAUUCUGUAUACAGGCAACAAGAAAGAUGUGUGGAUUGCGGUGGACCCGCUCACUGGGGCUAAGAUGCAGACACUCUCAACUGAUGGCACACAGAAAACAUGUCCAUCGUCAACUGAGGAUCUUUUGUACAUCGGACGCACAGAAUAUACAAUUUUGAUGUUUGACAGCAAGACGAGGCUAAAGAGGUAUGUAGUUUUUUUACUUAAAAUUUGUAGAUAUGUUCACAAAGUUCUGCAACAUCCUCAAUUUGUGUAACUGUUAGAUAUGCAGCACCUCACCGCAAGUUCCAAUGGUCUCUCUGUGACUCUCGAUAGCAGAUCAGGUGAUAUUUUGUGGCAGCGUGAGUAUGACUCCCCGAUCGUGGCAAUGUACCGACUCCACCAGGAGGGACUACAGAAGAUACCCUUCACCAGCUUUGCCCCUGAGACACUGGACCACCUCACAGGGCAGCUUGUGGAGUAUGUUUGGCGGGACCGAUUCCUUGCACAUGGACAGAAGAAAUCCUUCUAUCCCACUCUGUAUGUAGGGGAGUAUGAACAUGGACCCUACGCUCUUGCCUCACUCGUGGAUGAAACUACUGUCACCAUCGCGCCGAAGAACAAGGGUCCACUUCUCCUGGAAGGUCCAAGACAGGAAGAGAAUCCAAAGGAAAAUCCUCAAAAGGGUGACAAGACCUCCAACACCCAGAGUAUCCGUGCCACUACAGUGCGGAGGGGAGGCGGGGUACUCAUGUUGGGGUACCAUGAAGUGCCAGACAGAACCAAUGCCCGCAUCUCCCCAGCCUUCCAGAUCACAGACCACUCUAGCAACAGUGACAAGAUUAUCUCCCUUGAACCCUUACCCCCAUUACCUGACAAGACGACCAACACCACAUCUGCGGGAGACUCAGGUCUGGCUGCAUACAUUGACCUCAAGUUCCUCACAACCAUUGUGCUGUCUCUUGCCACCAUCAUCGCCGUCGUUGUCUACUUCCCUCGGAAAGCUGAAGAUUCCAUUAAGCUGCUGCUGCAGAAGCAGUUGGAGGAGCAACGGCAGCUGCAGAUGCAGCAACGGUCUGCACAAACAUCACUAACGCCGACCUCAAGCAACAACUCUCUUGAUGAGGAGAACAAUCCCCCACAGGGCCACUACAAAGUGGGGAAGAUUAUUUUCAACCCGAAGAACAUCUUGGGUCAUGGAUGUGAAGGAACAUUUGUCUACAGGGGACGAUUUGAUGGUCGGGAUGUUGCAGUGAAGAGGUUACUCCCAGAAUGCUUCAGUUUUGCUGACCGCGAAGUGGAGUUACUACGGGAAUCUGACCAACAUCCAAAUGUUAUCCGGUAUUUCUGCAUGGAGGCAGAUAGUCAGUUCCGCUACAUCGCGCUGGAGUUGUGUGCUGCCACGGUGCAGGACUAUGUGGAAGGAAAACACAUUUGUGACCUUGACCCCAAGACAGUUCUUCAGCAGUCGAUGGCAGGCAUCUCCCAUCUUCAUUCUUUAGAUAUAGUCCACCGCGACAUAAAGCCCCACAAUGUCCUCAUCUCACUGCCCAACUCCAAGAAAGAGGUGCGCGCCAUGAUCUCCGACUUCGGCCUGUGUAAGAAACUGGCUGCAGGCCGACUGUCCUUCUCCCGCCGGUCUGGAGCUGCAGGCACAGAAGGAUGGAUCGCCCCCGAGAUGCUGGACGAACUUCAGAGGACAACCUAUGCAGUGGACAUCUUCUCUGCGGGAUGUGUGUUCUACUAUGUGUGCACUCACGGCAAACACCCAUUUGGCGACUCCCUGAAACGACAGGCCAACAUUCUCAGUGGGGAGUUCUCUCUUCAGCAUCUUGAUCCAGAAGACCAUGUAUCCCUCAGCCUCAUAACAAGUAUGGUCGCCUACAACCCCGACCAACGUCCCUCCGCUCAAGCUGUGCUCAAACAUCCAUUCUUCUGGAGUAGGGAGAAGCAGCUUCUGUUCUUUCAGGACGUCAGUGACCGCAUUGAGAAAGAGAAGGAGGAUAGUGAGGUUGUGCAGAGGUUAGAGAAGGAUGCACAUGUCAUCGUCAGGUGGGAUUGGCGUCGCAACAUCACACAGGAACUUCAGAAUGAUUUAAGGAAGUUCCGAUCAUACAAAGGUCAUUCUGUGAGAGAUUUGCUACGAGCUAUGAGAAACAAGAAACACCAUUACCGAGAGUUGCCAGAGGCUGUGAAGGCAUCGCUGGGCAGUGUGCCGGACCAGUUUGUGUACUACUUCACCUCCCGCUUCCCCAAGCUCCUGCUCCAUGCCUACCAUGCUGUAGAGUGCUGCCGAGCUGAACGCAUCUUCCAGCAGUACUACGACAAUUCUUCAAAAUGUUAUCUCUCCGAAUCCAGCCAUCCUGCAGACACACAGACAGCCAACUCGGCAGACACACAGACAGCCAGCUCAGCAGACACACCGGCAGCCAACUUGGCAGACACACAGACAGCCAACUCGGCGGACACACCGACAGCCAACUCGGCGGACACACAGACAGACAACUCAGCGGAGACACAGACCGACAACUCGGCAGACACACAGACUUCAGUAGCUCCAUCUCGGGACAUAGUCUAAGCAUCAUACCACAUCAUUUACCACAUACCAAAGUGCAAUUAUGUGAGAGUAUUUUUAUAUCAUCCUUGUAUAGAUGUCAUUACAGUCAUGGUAUGGAGGCACUGUUCACAGGCCUGAUCAAUUCUUACGUCUUCUUAAUCUUGAGCUCCAGUCUUUCAUUUUUCAUUCAUCUGCAAGUUUUGAUGUGAAACAGUCAGUUGCAUCUUUUCUUAAGCCAUAUGUUUCUACUUGCACUGUGAGCUGACUUUAUCCAGGUUAGUCUCAGUCAUGAGGGAUCACAACAUGAUACAAAUAUUUUACUUGUAAGAACAUACCAUGGAUGCUUUCCUGCAGUAUCAUUUAAAAUGUCCCAAUAUGCCACCUUUUCGAAUUCACCAAUAUGUGGUUUUAAUUCACCAAUCUGCUGCAUGUUCUAUGUCUCCGGUCAAAUUUUCGCAAGAUUGAGACUCCAUAGACCCUGUGGAUGUGGUGCUAUAGGAAUGCCUAGUUUUCAACCUAUCUGUGAUUUUACAGUCAAAACUGAAAGUACUUGAUUUCUGGUGUAUUUUCUUCGCCAGUUGAAUUUCAUACAUAUGGUGGAUUCAUUCUUCAGGUUUUAAAAUGCUUUAUAAUGCUUGAUCUUAUUAGCUGAUGUAUCCAUAAUAUACAUCCACUAUGUCUUUGGUUUCCAACAUAGGACUCUGGUUUCUCAAACUCUGGCUGCAGGCAGUGUUUUUUAACUAAUCAUUUCAGUUUUCUUAUUGUGCCAGUGAUUCUGAAACAGUAUGGAUAUAUGUCCAUCUUUCUGUGAAGUAAUCAAGCUCGUGACACCCCUCUACAAGAGCAGACGUCAUGCUGUACUGUAAGCAGACGUCACAACAUGGUUAUAUGAUACUUCAAAGAAGUAAAAGAACAGGUGUUGUGAUAUUCUGUGACUUCUAUGAGUUGUAUAGUAUUUGAAAUCUUUCAUGUGUUGAUGUUUAUUUAUUGAAUUAGUAUCUCCUAACGCUGACAGAUGACAACUAGAAUCUCAUAAUACUGAUAGAUAUUGGUUGCCGAGUGUAAUGUAGAUGUUAGCACCUAGGCUUAUGUCUGUAUUGUACGUCUGCCUAUGAUGAACAAACUGCCUGUGUCUGUGCCGUCAGCGUCUACUGUCAAACAGUCCACACGGAUCACAAUACUGGAACAGGAAGUUAGGUGAAAUCUUUUAUUUCCUCAAUUUAUGAAAUUGUUUUAAAGGGGUAAAUUGCUAAUUGUUUUAUGAUUCCAGUUGUUAGCAUGCCACUUUUGUCAAAUUUAUUUUCUGUGUGUCAGUUAUUAAAUAAAGGUUUAUACAAAAACCUUGCCUCAGUUACACAGUGGGAACCCUCUGCAGUGUCAACACCGAAACAGACUGUGGACCAAGGUCUCUCUGUAACAGUUAUUUCUAUUUAGUGAAAACCACCGGUGUAAGAUGGAAAGCCUAAAAGAUAUAUAAGAUAAAUGCAAUGGUACUUAGACUUUUCAUGUAUGUGUGUAAUGGAAGAAUACUGUGCCUUUUGGAUUAUUAUGUCAAUUUUUCACAUGGUUACGGUUUCUGGAAUCUGUAAACCAAUUCCUUUCUCACUUGUUUGAAAGUCAAGUGAGCUUAUGUCGUGGCAUGUUGUCUAUUGUCUGUCUAUUGUUCAUAGUUAACUUCAACAUUUUCUACAACUCUCCUGAAAAUACAGGGUGUAAGGAGUAAGAAUGAUUGCUGUUAUGGUUUCUGUAAGAGUAGGCCAAAGAAUUCUGAUCUGAUGUAAACAUGGCCAUAUUGAAAUGGGUUUUUUUACCCAUUACUAGUCAUUUAUAUUAGUGUCAUUAGGACAUUUGAAACGGAGUAAAUUUGUGGAAUGCGGAAUAACAUGGAAUACCACUUUGGCAUACUUGGUUUAUUUUCACCCCUUUCUGAUACUUAGUGAUCACAGCUAUUGUGUCUUGAAACAUUGCUCUCAGACCUCUGACCUGAUCUUAAAACUGGCUGCCAGUAUUUCUUAAUAUUUGAGGUGAGCUUCACAACUCUGUGUCUUUCUGUUAUAAAACAUUGUUACCUUGGGUACGUUAGAGCCAUGACAUGAUACAUAACUACUGCCUCAUAUAUUCCAUCAUAUCCAUAUUACAACUGUUUUCCCAGUUUGUGUUUAAUAAAGAACAAACUGUAUGAUAACUCAAUCUGAAAUUCAAUACAAAUGCAUGAUGAAAGAGGUUUGAUUUUAUUGUCAUGCAUAAAAUAUCUUGUGAUGGGGGGGAGUUGCUUAAGUAGACGCAGUGGUUUUAGUAUGAACAAUCUCAUUGGUCAUGUAUCAUAUAGGUGGAGUUAUUUUGUUGAAUAUGUGUCCUGAAACAGCAAAUAUUAAGUUAAAAAACUGGAAGAUUUCAUGAUUUCACUUGAAUGUGACUACCCUCAUUCCAAACAUGGAGAAUUUGGAUGAUGUACUCUGGACUCCAUUAAAUGACUUAAACAUGACAAGCCCUUGCUUCUGUUGACUGCUAUGAAAUAUGAUGCAAGGCUGAUGUCGCGUUUUGUUGGGUCCAUAUGAACAACUGCUGACCUCAAAUAAACUCUACAAUAUUAUAUUAAUAACAAAGAGACAAAAGCAGGUUCAUCAUGUCUAACUGUGUUAGCUGCAAUAACAUUGGGAGAUUUAAAAAACAACAACAGAGGCACCUGUUGGCUCAGGCUUGGGGAAUACUAUUGUUGGAAAUUCCCAUUCUAUUUUUAUAUUCUUAGUUAAUAAAGCAUUCAGUUAUUAUAUCAGUUGAUCACUAUGUGGAGUGAGUGAGUGAGUUUAGUUUUAUGUGGCAUCACUGGAUGAGUAUGUUAAUAACAUGGUCGAUGUGGGUUGAGUUGAUCUGGUGUACAGCGUAUCACUUUGCACCACUUCUUUCAUUGUUCAUUGGACUUUCCACUGUACGUAUUGUCUUGCAUGUUAUCACAUGACUGUUUCUUGAUGAUCUAUGUCCCACACAUUCGAACCUGCAUCACAGUGCCCAUCAUUAGUCUUGGCUUUUGUUUUGAGGAAAAUGUUGUUUUUUUAAUUUACCUAUAUCAAAAGCUGUGAUAGUUCACAAAUGUUAACAUAUUAAUAUCUGCAAUUUUUGUGUGUAUAAUAUCCUCAGAUAUUUCAGUUAUUGUUUCAGUUUGUACAAUUUGGGAAUUGCAAGUUUAGAUAGCAUUAGUUGUAUCUACACUAUUGUUUUCACUUAUGUAUGGAGGAUUUCAAAACUAAUUUGUCAGUCAAUGGUUUCAAAUUUGAUGAUAUACCUCUGAUUCAGAGAUGGAAGCCACUUGUUUCACACCCACAUGGUCAUCAGUUAAUGUAACAGCAAUGACAUGCUCUGACAUCUUGCAAUAAGGCUUAAGGCAAUAUGUAUUGUAUUACAUACCUUCCACUGUGAUGUUAUGGGCCAUUAUCACCCUCCUUCAACUGUGAAUUAAUUGAUCAUUACACAUCUUUAUCUGUAAGUUUAUAGAUCAUUGUCAUGAUCAUACUUUUAUCUGUGAAGUUAUGGAUCAUCGUCAUACCUUCAACUGUGUUGGGAUUUUAUUCACACUGACGAAGCCAUGCUCAGAUACUGUAUUGGGUUCACACAAGACAAACAGUGCUUCCCAACAUUGUCAGCUCAUCAUUUUGGUGUGAGUUGAGAAAAGGUUAUUUGCUGGGUUUCUUAGUUAGAUUGUAGGUAAGUUUCUUGCAAGAAAAUUUAUUUUUGAAUUGACUUGGCUUCUGAUAUAGCCUGUGUGUAAGUUGCGGCAAGGCAUGUGUUGGUGGAUGUAAGAUAGAAGGCAGUAGCCUCCUCAUGUUGGACUCGGGUGUUGGUCAGCACUGCUCCUACUCAAAGCAUUCCACUGUUAUAUUGUUACUGAUGUAGAUUUUGUAAGUUGAUGUUACUAGACGUUUGUUGUACUUCAGUUUACUGGACAGACUGUCAUUCCAGCUGGUGCCCCAGCAUCUGAUGGGAACCAUUGCUCACAUUUUGUCCAACAUAUGUACUUAAAACAAUACAUGCACAAAAACACUCGACAACCGAUAACAACUUUCAGAGACCAAAACCUCAGCAGAGGACAUUUGGCUGAUCUUGUUAAUUUAUCUGACAGAAAUUGAAGCGAUACAACCACAACUUAAAUAACAAGAAUUUGGUGGUGAGUGGCCCAGUCAGCCAUGUGCAAAUUUGCAUGACUUAAUCAUGGAAAAACCCACCUAUGAAAGUAGGUUGGUAUACAAACUUCUCCCUCAUUGUGUUUCCUUGUUCCAUACCUGCCCUCAUGGCUGUCACCAGUCUUAAUAAGCUUUAAAGUAUAAAUCAUGUCUCUUGUAGUUCCAGCAUCCAUCAAACUUGAGUAUUUGAAGUUUAUGGGCUAUGUGUAGUGGUAAGGAUGUCUAGAUAAUUUUGUUAACUGGGUGGCCCACAGUGAUGUGGAGCUUGGCGGGGAGUUCUCAAUAGCUGGUAAAUGUGUUUUAUAAUCUAUGAUUUUAUAAUUUUAUUGCCUCAGUGUUUUUUAUGACUAUUUGUUAAUUUUGUAGUUCUUUUGAAACCAUGGCAACAUGGGAUGUCUCUGACAAACCUGCCUGUCUCAGAUCAGGUCUGUUAUUUAUUCUGAAACUUCAGUUACAGGAAACCCAAACUCUAAUAUCACUUCACAUAAAUUGUAUCUUUGAGGAUCUAAAAAGACUAAUAUAUUUAUUAAUAUUUAUAUAUAUUAUAAUCUUGCCUAUUUGUAUGAUUCAUGUGAUGUGUUGUACAUAUUUAUUUUUAGUCAAAAGGACUGUAUGUAUGUAUUAUGAUGGACUUUUGAAUAAAAUGAUUUGUAAAUA